AUGGCAAAACGUAAGAAAUGCCGACAAAAACAGAGAGCCAGAGCAAAAUUCCUACUAAAAAAAAAAAGAGAUGCUGCAAACCCCCAGGGCUCAGGUUGUCCUCCACGGUCAGCAGAUGAUCUUCCUGUGAAUCCAUCACCUGUCCCAAGCCAUCUGUCCUCACUCUGGUCAUUCACCUUGCCCAGUGUGAAAAAUGUGGUCAAACCCUUUACGACAACAGCAUCAUUUUUGUAUUGUUGGUGCCAGAACACCGUUAUACAGAGUUUUAAGGUGGUUAAAGACACCGUAUUUCCAUCACAAAUCUACCUAAGAGAGCUAAAUACUUUCAAAGAGCAGCUGGAAAAGUUGGAAGCUGAAUUUUCCAGGCUACAAGGAACACUCCAGAUGAAUGAAGUUGCUGCCUUGUCUUCAAAAAGUUGUGUUUGUCAAAGGUGUAAUAAACCAGUUCUGGGCGCUCCCGUACAAAUGCAGGAGGGCCUGCCACCAGCAGUAUCUGGGCCUUCUGCAACACAGCUGCAGCCUGCAUCCGCACCCCCUCCACCUCUUCCUCCUCCACCUCCGCCACCGCCACCACCACUGCCUCCACCAAAGCUGCCUCCAGCACCUCUCCUCCUCAAACGGGGCAAUGGCUCUAAAGCACUUCUGGCACCUCCACAGAAAAAAGAUGGGCCAAUGCAGGUCACUCUCAAAGAUCUCCUGAACGUUAAACUGAAGAAGACGGGCAGCAACCUGAGAACGGACAAGGCAGAAUCGCCAGUGAAGACACGCAGGGCGUUAAUUACAGUCUCAGAUUUACAGAGUAUUAGUCUGAGGCCGAAAUCCAAGCCAUCAGCUCACGUAACAAACUCCUUCACUACCCCUCCUAAAAAUCAGUUAGAUCUUCGAAAACAUCUGAAGAAAGUCAAUAUACAAAGAAGUCCUGGUGGCACUCCACUAAAUAGUAAAGAAAACAUGGAAUGUGGUUCUGGGUUGACACCAAUAAUGACACAGGCACUACGACGCAAGUUUCAGAUGGCUCAUCCAAAGAGUCCCUCACCAGCCCGGUUAAGCGCGGCAAACAGCUUUGAUGAACAGAAGUAG